CUUUCUCACACUUGCCUUGCCGCGUUUGUUCCUCGCCGUGUCGUCGUGUUGUUGCAUACUUCGUCGCAACUCAUAGCACCCGCUCGCCCGCCCACCACCGACCAACGCAGCAGGCGUAUAACUGCACACCACCAUGCCGCGAUGGGGACCCAAAACGCGCCUCCUCAUCCCCUCGACCCCCGACCACGUCGUGCGCGACUCGUCCCCGACUCUCAACCCAGAGCUGUACGCGACCACGCCGGUGCGCGAGCGGACCCCGACUGAAGACCACCCGCCCGACCCGAUCCACGACCCCACUGCUACCCCUGCGUCCGAGUACGCCGGGCCAAUACACCACGACACGACCGAGCUCGUCGACAUGACGCAGAAGCGCGCGCCCAACCUCUUCAUCACGACGCCGCAGGGCGAGGCUGGCGGGGCCGCCACCCCGCGCUCGAGAUCCUCCGGCUCCCACUCGCCCGCGAAGAACGGGGGAGCGACCCCGACGUCGCCGUGGUCCCCUCGCACGCCAGCUACCGCAACGACCGCCGACUACCCGCCCACCAGCGCCCGUUCGCUCGUCGCCCCGCCCAACCCCAUCCGCGAGGCGCGCAAGGAGUGGGGAAGGCCAGAGGAGAACGACGGCCCGAUUCACAGCCCCGACUCUGCCAACCCGUCUAAACCUGAACGUGACGCUAAGACCUCGGUGCACCGCUAUGCGAAGCCCGUGCGCCGGUUGCCAUUCCGCCGCCCACCGGCGUAUGAGGACUCUGGGUGGCUGCACGAAAGCGACCGUGCGACCCAGUGGCUGUCGGCGUUUUACGACCUUGUUGUCGUCGCUGUGCUCUCAGUGUUCUCGUCGACCCACAAGAUCGCAGUUCCCUCGGCCAUUGGAAUCUUCUUCUCCUACUACAUCGUUCUCAUCUGUGUGUGGACAACACAGGUCCACUACGAUGUGCGAUACGAGGCCGAGGACACGUUCCACCGCGGUAUGAAGCUCCUGCAGAUCAUCGUCUUCGUCUACUUUGGAGUCUCAAGCGGCGGCUGGGACCCGAGCAAACUCGGCACCUUUGAUGUUCUUGAGACGCAAGAACUCAGAGAAGAUCCUCGACUCUAUGCUCGGCAGGUGACUGCAGCCACGAAGGGUGACCAGAGUUGGAAGACGGUCGUGAUCGCCUUCGCCGUGAGCCGAGCGCUCCUGGCCCUCCAGUACAUCUUUGUCGCCUUCGCAGGCCGCAAGGCUAAGAGACCCAACAUGGGCCCCAAACUCGCUGCCUUUUCCUCCAUUGUCUCAGGCUUGAUGGCAGUCGUCGCCGUCUGUGUACCUGCCGACACGGAAUCCCGAUACUGCGGCAAAAUUGCAGCUCUUUACCUUGGCAUUGCCAUCGAGUUCUUCACGACCUGGUUCGACAUGUAUGCUUACAAGAUUGGGGAGAGAGCAAAUUCGACUCCCGUGGUGGCUAUCGCUGAGAGAUAUGCCCUCUUCUCACUCAUCAUUUUAGGAGAGGGCUUUGCUUUGUUGUCUGGACAGUUUGGCAAGGCGGUCGAUGGGCUUGAUAUCAAAGAAGCGUCGGUGUACGCACAAGUCUUCCUAGUCAUUCUCGUCGUCUACAAUGUGUGGAGCUUUCUGUUCUCGGUGUUCCACCAGAAAGAUACCAUCAACCCGAGAAAGACGGCCUGGUGGGAAAUUGUACACGUUCCGUUACACUUCGCCAUCCUGCUGCUCCUUGCCGCCAUGGUUAACAUCAUCGUCAUGUCCUCCUUCUACACAGCAUUGACAAAAGCUCUCGAUUACUUGUCCAUCGAAAACAUUACCAGCCAGGACGCAAGAGACAAGGCUGAAGUCAGCAUGAACCUGUUCUUCAACCGCCUCGAUCCCAGUCUCCUUCCUCCGACGCCUAUCGUGGAUGUAAGCGCUCCCGACAACCAGCAACUGCUCUAUGGAUACUCAUUCUUGGCCGGCGUGAUGAAAGCAAUCUGCGAAAAGUCGUCAACUUACAUGAGUGAUGAGGUGUCAGCCAGUCUUGGUGAUCUCAUUGGUGCAAAUCUAUCAGACUACAACAACGAGACCUAUGUCAACCAAACUGGGGACCUGUUUGGCAACACGCUCGUCCAAGUAGUCGACGACGCCUACUCUGGUACCCUUUGGCUCUUUCCUGCGGCAGGCAUUGUGUUGAUAACCUGUGCGCUUCGCUCCCUAACACGCUAUCACCUCCAAGGCGUCUCUCAUCGUAUUGUUCACUGGACCCAGCUCAUCACUGGAGUCGUGCUUGCCCUCCUAGGUUUGCUCGAUCUCGGAGGCGGAAGCUACGUGGACAAGGACGGGAAGAGGUCGGACAAGACAAACGCAAUGUACCGUCUCGUCGACUCCGAUGGCGCGAUUGCCGUGGUUGCCUGCGUCUACACUGCCGUCAACAUUGGAACGAUUGUGGCGCUCACCCUCAUUCACCGGAUCAAAGGUGGUGUGUUUGGAAGCGAGUCAUAAAGCGAGGACAUGGGCCUGCGACAGCAGGCCUCCAAAUGCCCUGCAUACUCUACCCGCCCUUCCCAGAUGGACCCGGCUGCAUCGGCGGUGAAUCUCUUUGUCAAAAGCUUUGUUGUAUAUCCCCCCAUCUAUGUACAUUGUGCUCAUUUUGGCAUCCCUUUCUCUACAAGUGCAGCUUGAAGAACUCCGCAAAGUCCUCGUACGCCUCCUUGAACUUCUCCGCCUGCUUGGCGUCGCUCAGAUCCGCCCGUGCCGCCGCCCAGCCGUGCACCGAGUCGUUGUACCACUUGAGCUUGUUGGUGCCCGGGCGCGCAGCCUCGAGGCGGGCAUACAGCGCUUCGAUCUCGGGGCGCGGCUCGCCGGCAGACGGCAACAGAAGAACAGGGACGCUGACGCGGUCCGCGUCGUCGGGGUCGAUUGCGCUCGGGUGCGCCGUCGCGAUCGCCGCAAACCCAUUCACCGCGCGGCUGAGCACGACCGCCUUCCAGCCCCAGCAGAAGCCCGCCACGCCGACGGCGUACCCCUCAUCCUUGAGCGCCGCCAGAGUGUCCGCCACGCGCUGGUCCUGCGUGCUCGGCUUGCCGGGAUAUCCGGCGCGGAAAGCAGUGCGCGCGUCCGCGCCCUUCUGGCUCCCGUUCCCCCACCAGGCCUGCAUGUACUGCCCGUCGAGGAAGUCGGGGACCGCGAUGCGGUAGCCUGCUGCUGAGAGGAUGUCGGCGCCCUGAAGAAUCUGCGCGCUCGAGAAGCCAAACACGUCGUACACGAACAGCACGGCCUUGCCCGUGUCCUCUGGCCCGGUGAAGUACGUCUUGAUCCCCGCGAGCUCGCCCCACGUGCCCUUGGGGGUGUAGGUCGCCUGGACGGGCGGGAGGGUGUUGCACUGGUGGUCUUCUGGGAUGGACAUGUUGCUGACG